AGAAUAAUGACAAUUGAAACAGAAAAAGUUGAAAUAAUUGAUAAUGUUGUAGGUGGAGGAGUUGAAAAGGUUGAAGUUGAAAAAAUUGUGGAAAAAGUUGAAGAACCAAAAGUUGAAGGGGAAGAAAAAGAAGAAGUAAAGGCGGCUGAUGAAGAAGGUUCAAAGAAGAGAGAACUUGAAGAUGGUGAUAAGAAAAAGAAAAAGAAACAAAGAAGACGUCAAUAUGAAGAUGACGUUCCCAAGGAAACCAAGUCUGAAGAUGAAGAAGAAAAGGAUGAUGAUGACGAUGAGGAUAAUUUGGGAGUUGAUGAAGAAGAAGACGAUCUUGUAGAGAUUGAUCAAUCUAAUAUUAUCACUGGUGGUAGACGUACCCGUGGUAAAGUGAUUGAUUUUGCUGCCGCAGCUGAAAAAUUGAAGAAGGAGGAAGGUACUAUUGAGGAAGAAGAGGAAGAAGAUGGAGAAUUUGAAGAAAAGAAGUUGUAGGAUAGGGUUUGUAUUAGCUAUAGAAAA